UGUCUGGGUAGUCUAUUCCCGUUCUCGCCAAAACAUGGCCCAUCUGCUUCAGCGUACCGGAGUGCAAUUGUUAAAUUCGAGUAAUCUGCUGAAAUGUAGUCUACGGUACGGCCAUCGGCUACGAGGGCGUGCACCGGGUGACGCGAAAACACUUAACGAACGACUUAAUGCAAAAAAUAUGGUCGAUCCGGAGCUCAGCAAGCCGGUAAAUAUCGGCUUUCCAUACGUGAAGCCAUCGCGUGUAGCGCAGCUCGCCGGGCGUUUGGCGCAUCUAAAGAAACAGCGGAAGGACCCUGAGCUGGAGCGGUUAUCGCGCGAAAGAAAGUUGGAGAUCGAUCUGGAGCAGGUACGCGAAGAUUGGCUGAAGACGAGCGGCCCGUUUCACAUACGCCGGGCCGCCGAACAUUACGGCGUGUUCGAGCAUCUGUUCGGGGCGGCCUACUUUGUGCCGCGAGUCGAGCUCCGAAUACGAUACGAGACGAGCGAUGGGCUUGACAAUAGUGAAGCCAUGACCAUCCAGCAUCCGGUCCGGUAUGGCAAUCUGCUGAAACCGACCGAAACACGGUUCGCACCAAUAGUCGAGUUUGAUGGACGGUUUCAGUUCAACGGCGGUGGUCCCGAUGGGACCAAUGCGGAUGCGGAGCCUAGCUGGUGGACCUUGGUGCUCACUAACCCUGACGGUCAUCUGGAAAGCAGCGAACACGAAUACUGCCACUGGUUCCUUGGUAACAUACCGAAUGGAGACAUCAGCAAGGGCGAGACCCUGAUGCCGUAUCUGCAGCCAUUUCCAACCAAGGGUACCGGCUACCAUCGGCACAUCUUUGUUCUGUAUAAGCAGCACGAGGGACGGAUAGAUUACUCCCAUUACCGAUGCACCGAUCGGCCGCACUCAUUAGCCGAGCGCACGUUCCGCACGCUCGACUUCUACCGUGCCCACCAGGAUCGCGUUACGCCCGCUGGAUUGGCCUUCUUCCAGUGCGAUUGGGACGCGUCGGUAACCACUUUCUUCCACGAGCGGCUAGGCCGGCCACAGCCCGUCUACGAGUACGACUUCCCGCAGCCGUACAUCCGCGACCAGGAAUGGUUCCCACAGCGCAAACCGUUCAACCUUUACAUGGACAAGUACCGGGAUCCGGCUCAGAUCCGUAAGGAGUAUCUGGCGCGCAAGCUCGCCCGAGUGCACCCGUUCGAAGGACCUGAAAAAUCUGUUCGAUUCCCCAAUGCGCACCCCAUCAGUAAGGACGUACCAUCCUGGUUGCGCACCGAGAUACGCAAGGAUCGUCUAGGUUGGGGACGAAUCAACGAUAUCCAGUGAGCGAGCGAGCGUCCCCUGCCACCGUACGCUCCUUAGCCGUUACGGCUGUCCUAAUAAAGUGUAAUUCUCUGUGUAGCUACCCUUAC